GCGCGGCACGUUUAUGUCAGAGUACGACAUAGUACAAAAUCGUGUUGUUUUUAAGUUUUUAACGAAAUAAACGAAAAACUUUAAUUAUUAUCUUGAAUGUAUAGUUAUUAAUUAAAUUUUCUACUAUAAUUAACAUUUUGUUAAAACCCCGAACAUGUCUGCAAGUGAAGGGCGAAGUGCACAGUCGAACUUGCAUCAGCAAGAUCUUUCUAAAUUGGAUGUUACAAAGUUGUCUGCUUUAUCUCCUGAAGUAAUAUCAAGACAAGCUACUAUCAACAUUGGGACUAUUGGACAUGUAGCUCAUGGAAAGUCCACAGUUGUAAAAGCCAUAUCAGGCGUCCAAACCGUCAGAUUUAAAAACGAACUUGAAAGGAACAUUACGAUUAAGUUAGGUAAGUUUGGUGCCACACAAUUUAAAUAAUUACUAAUUACGCUCCUAAUUUUCAAUGCUACUAACUAAAUCUAUUUUUAAAGAGCAAUUCCGAUACCUAAUUUUAUACUGUAUUGUGUGAAAAUUAUAAACAUUUUUAGUCCUUAGUUAUAUCAUUUUAUUUAUUAUUACUACAUUGUUACCUGUUACUUGCACUGCUAUUUUUUGUAGGUUGCUUAUUUUUCAUCUAAAAAGUGAGACCAAACUUAUGAUAAGUAAUAAUCCAAUAUAUGAUAUUUGAUACAUUUUACAAUAAAGCUAAAAAAAAUCAACAGUAUUUUAAGUAAUUAUUUUUAAGCAUAAGUAAAUUAUUAACCUAUUAUUUAAAAAAAAAAAGAUCUUUGCAAUGUGGUACACCAAAUUUUAUACUGUAUUGCAUAAAUAUUAUAAAUUUUGUUAGUCCUUAGUUAUAUCAUUUUAUUCAUUAUUACUACAUUAUUACCUGUUACUUGCACUGUUAUUUUUUGUAGAUUGCUUAUCUUAUUUUUCAACAAAAAUAGUGAGACCAAACCAAUAUUUUCAUAGUUUACAAUAAAGCUAACAAAAAUUCAAUAGUAUUUUAAGUAAAUAUUUUAGGCUUAUGUAAAUUUGUAACCUAAUAUUAAAAAAAAAAACAGAUCUUUGCAAUGUACCAUGUGAAUAAAAAAUCAUUAGUAGUUGCAAAUCUUAAAUAUUUAUUAUUAUAAUUUGUGAACUGAGAAGUUAAUUAUUAAAUCAGUUGUUAAUUCAAUCACAUGGUAUGUUGCAGAGCGCCUGUCCGACUCGGUUAUAAGAUUGUAUCGUGAUAUGGCUGAUGAGAAGAAUGAAAAUUUAUUUUACGAAAAAGUAAGGAGGUCUAGAAAAAGAGCAAUAUCACCAGAGUCGGAGUUUGCAAAUGAUGUGCCUCCUGUAAAGAAACAAAGGAAAUAUAAACAAAAAGCAGAAGAAUUUAUUAUAGAAAAAAUAAUUGAUUUUAAAUUUGAAGAUGGAAGUGAGUAUUUCUAUAUAAAGUGGAAGGGAUGGCCUGAAAGUGAAAAUACAUGGGAACCCAUUGAUCACUUAGACAAUUGUCCAGAUAUUCUCAAAAAUUUUUUGAUGAAUAAGGAAAUCCAACAUUGUGAAAUGAUGGAAAAACUUAAGGAAGAAAUUUCUUUUGAUAAUUUAUUAAGUGAAGAAAAUCUUUUAAAAAGAAUGGAUGAAGUUGAAGAAUCUACAAUUUGUAAAUUAAGAGAAAAACUUACAUUAAAACUUUUGUGUAUGAUUAUGCUAAGAGAUUGUGAUGAAUGCCAUGCUACAGAACUUGUACAAGAUAGUAGAAAUUUAUUGCAGUUAUAUGUGUCUGUAAGACGGAGAUGUCGUCAACUUAUGGCUCUUCAAGAAUGGGAGGAACAUUUGAAUCAUGUAGAUGAUUGUAAGAGAUUAUGUAUAGAAAAUAAUGUUGACUUUGCAGGACCACCAGAAAAUUUUACAUACAUUAAUCAUUCUAUACCUGGGGUUGGUGUAGUUAUUCCUGAAAAUCCUCCAAUUGGUUGUGAAUGCACUAUCUGCAACUGUCGAUCAAAGUCAUGUUGCGGUAUGCAAGGUGGAAUCUUUGCAUACACUUACAACAAAAGGUUACGUGUAGCAUCUGGUACACCUAUUUAUGAAUGCAAUAAAGCUUGUAAAUGUACCUCAGAUUGCAAUAAUCGGGUUGUUCAAAGGGGUAGGAAUGUUAAACUAACUAUUUUUCGAACAUCAAAUGGCUGUGGAUGGGGUGUUCGAACUGAACAGAAAAUAAAACAAGGACAAUUUUUGUGUCAGUAUGUUGGGGAAGUUAUAACUUUUGAAGAAGCUGAAAAAAGGGGAAGAGAAUAUGAUGCUAAUGGAUUGACUUACUUAUUUGAUCUUGAUUUUAAUUCUGUUGAAAAUCCAUAUGUUGUUGAUGCGGCACAUUUAGGAAAUGUGUCACAUUUUAUUAAUCAUUCUUGUGAUCCUAACUUGGGAGUUUGGGCUGUAUGGGCUGAUUGUUUGGAUCCUAAUCUGCCCAUGUUAGCUUUGUUUGCAACUCGUGAUAUCGAGGCAGGGGAAGAAAUUUGUUUUGAUUAUUUACAAAAAUCAUCUGAAAAUGAUGAUCUAGAAAUAAAUAAUUCAUCACAAAAAUUGCCUAAUGAUGAUAUUCACUCAAAUGGGGUGUUAAAUGGGGACAUUGUGAAAGAAGAUGUAGUAUGUAGAGAUAGUCCAAAUACUGCCGAAGGCAGUGGAUUAGAGCCUGCUUCACCAUCAAAAUCAAGGUUUGAAAUAAAACAACAAAAUAUUACCUCACUUAGAAAUCGUACUGAAUGUAAAUGUGGAGCUUUAAAAUGCAGAAAAUAUCUUUUUUGAUAUAGAUAUAUCUUUGCUUGAUGAACUCAUGAACUUGUGUGUACCUUAAAACUCAUGUUUGGCUUCUUUCAACUUCAUGUAUUGAAUCUCGAUUUUAUGAUUUUUUAACAGCACUUCGUUGAUGAAUACUCACAUAUAUUUUCUAUUAUUGUUUAAAUGGAAUAGUUUCAAUCUUGUGAAUUUACUAAAAGUCUAUAUAGUGCCUUAUUUUUCUUUUUAUUUAACUGAUAGGGUGCUAUACAAAAUGCAAUAACAUUAAGAAAUUUUCUUGCUAAACAUAUCUCUACUGUCAGUUUUUAACUUCCUUUAAAUGUCUCUCUUGUGGACAUAGGCCUAAAGGUGAAUAUAAACAACCACUAUGUUGCUUCAGUGUUAAGACCUAUUCAUAUUCCAUUAGCCUUCAAAAUAGCGAAAGAACCCAAAUUAUACUGUAUUUUGUAUUUUAACAAUUUCACUGUCCAGUAAGUCACAUAUGAACAUUUUGAUUGUUUAACUAUUGUGUCUUUUUUGCAGGCAGGGAAACUGUUAAUACAUUUUUAUACAUACAUACAUAGUGUUCAAAAUUAGUAAACUUUUCAGUGCAUUUUUUUAUUACUAAUAGAGUAUCACUUUCACUGUGGUCUCGAAUAAAUUUGAAACAAAUCCAAAUAGAUUUAAAGUCCGUUCAUCUUUUUCUAAAUAAUUGAAUGUGCUCAAGCUCAGAUGAGUUUUACAUCAUGUACUUCAAUUACAAGUAAGAUUUAUUUAAAUGUUUCCUUGCACUACUGAGUAUACCAGUAAAUAAAGUACUGUAAUUGCAAUCAAUAAGUUAUUUAGUGUCUGCAUUGAAAAUCAAACUUAGGGUGUUCUCGUACUUGAUAAUUUUUGUCUCUGUGUAUUUCUAGAAUGUUUUCAACAUCAUAAUGAAAUAAAUAUAAAUUUUCUUAAAAUGUGAUUUGUUAAUUUGUCCUGGAUUUCAUAAAUUCAUAAAACCAUGUGUAAAGAAAAGUAUAGCUUGCUUUACUUGGUUAAAUAUAAAUGUUUUUUUAAGACAAUGAGGAUAGAAUUUAAGAAAAUAUUAUUUUAUAUUAGUGUGCUCUUAAUACCCCUUGUACCAUUUAAAUUUUAUCAUGUUAUAAACGGUUAUUAUGUUAUAGUAUUAUUUGUAGUUUCAAGUUAACUUCAUUAUUGUAUAACAUUCACAAGUAAACCUUGAUUAUUUUAUAGUUAUUUUUAAAAUAUUUUACGACACAUUUGGUAUUAAUUAGGUAAAUAAUAGUUUUAGUCUUUACUUGUUAAUUAUAAGUACACAGUUUUUUCUUAGUUUAAAAUAUUGAAGUGUUGCAUGGAGGCGAUAAUAAUAAUAUAAAUGUAUUAAUCUACUGUAACUGUAGUUCUAUAAUAAAAUUAAAUGACAAAUAAAA